AAAAUGAUGCAGCAGCAGCAGUAGCAGGAAACGGAUUUUGUCUUAAAAACGUAGUGGACCUCAAACCCAAGAUUAGUUCGAUUUUAUAAUCGUGUUGGCGUCCGCUCUUCUUCUUCUUUCAACCAAAAUAAACUACAUUUUGUUCUCUGGAGAGUGUGGCUAAAAGGAGCUGAGCAGAGAGAGAGAGAGAGAAGGAGAAAUGGGGGGAUCAGCAGCUUCAUGCUUGAAGAUCAUUGCUUGUGGUUGUGAUCCCGUCAACAAAGAAGCUCACCAGGUUCCAAGUGAUAAACGUGGUUGGAGUUUUAGGAAGAGAUCCGCUAGAGAUCGAGUGUUGAGUAAUACCGUCCCUGCGGAAACAGAACCAUCUUUAAACAAGGAGAUUCCUGAAACUGUCAAUUUGGACUUCAAGUCGCAAUCUGACCUUAUUGUUCCAGAUAAGUCCUCUUCCAUAACAUGGAUAGAAGAGAAACCUGCCUUAUCUGCUCCAAUGAAAUUGCAAGAAUCUGCUGUGGAGAAAGAUAUGGCAUUGACCAUUGUCAACCUGGAUGAAUCUGCUGUAGUUUCAGUUCAGGCUUCUAUCAGAGCUAUUUUGGCCCAGGAAGAGUUGCUGAAGCUCAGGCAUGUAGUGAAGCUGCAAGCUAUGGUACGUGGACAUUUGGUCAGAAGAAAUGCUGUGGAAACAUUACGAUGUAUUCAAGCAAUUAUCAAAAUGCAGUCUCUUGUUCGUGCACAUCAGGCUCGUGGUCUUUCAGGGAAGAACAAUGACAGUUCAAUGCUUCCGAAGAAUGGAAAUAUGGAAACAAGACCAAACAAUUUCUGUAGCAACAAAUUUGUUUGUAAGCUAUUGGAGUCGACGCCUAGGACCAAAAGAAUUUACCUGAAGUGUGAUUCUUCAAAAGCAGAUUCAGCUUGGAGAUGGUUGGAGAGAUGGAUGUCUGUUUCGUCGAGAGGAGUUAAACCUGAAUCGGUUAUUAAUGAAUCUGAGAAAUCUCCUUCUUCAUUGAAUCCCGAAUCUCUACAUCAAGAUUCCAGUUUGAUUGAUUCAAAGGUUGUGAAUGGAGAACCCGCGACAGAUUUGAACCCCGGGAUAGACAGUUAUGUCAUUGAAAGUGAAGAGAACUUGAUAACUUAUGAUGCUGACGAUUUCGAAUUUCUUGCAUGUAAACCAACCUCAUCUGCUGAUGAUAGAUUAGUCAAGGACUCAGAUUUUAUUCAAAUUCAGCUUGAGCAACCAAAUCCAUCUUCACAAAUAGAGCUUAUCUCUGUUCCUGAAAAAUCUGAACUGGAAUCACUCUCACAGCUGGAGAAUUCUGUAAUUAAACAUCCAGUGGAUGAUACAAAGUUAGCAUUUGGCUCAAGAAAGGUGACAAACGCAGCCUUUAUUGCUGCCCAGACAAAAUUUGAAGAACUGGCUUCUUCUGUUUUAAAUUCCUCAAGAUUUGUGGAAAACUCUAUUUCACAUAACCCUACAGAUCAACAUAGUGGUUCAGAAUGUGGAACAGAACUUUCAAUUACCUCUACCCUUGAUUCGCCUAUCAGACCUGAGUUUGUACCAACUGAAACUUUUGUUAAGGAGGAAAUCAAAAUUUCAGAUGAAAACGACCUGAUUUCAGCAUCCAGCCACCCUAUUGAUUCCAAAAACGAGACAAACACAUCAUCCUAUCUGGAAAUAGAGUUGAGAUCCGAUAUGGGUCAUCAGAUGUGCAAGUCAUCAGUUGAAGCAUCUCCCAGAAGCCUCAUAACCGUCACUGAAUCAAAUGGAACACCUUCUAGUCAAGUAUCGGUGAGCAGUAAGAAGGGUAGAAUUGAUAGAAAUAUGGGUGACCUGAAACGUAGAUCAUUAUCAUCAGGUAAGAGAUCUCCUAUGAAUUCUAACCAUGAUUCUGGUUCGAAAGGUAGUUCUGAGCAGUUGACCACGAAGGAGCGUAAAAGUGGGAAGAAGCACAAUUCUGCUUCUUUUUCUUCUGGCUUAGGCAAGACUGAUGUCUUAGUUGAUCAGGAACCAAGAGAUAGUAGUAGCAGCAAUUCUCUUCCCAGCUACAUGCAAGCCACAGAAUCUGCAAGAGCCAAAGCGCUCGCAAAUAGCUCCCCAAGAUCUAGUCCAGAUGUACAAGACAUAACUAUCAAGAAAAGACAUUCCUUACCCACCACUGCAAAUGGACGUUUUGGAUCUCCCAUUAUUCAACGCACCACAUCUCAGGCACAACAGCCUUCUAAGGGGAACGGCCAUCCACCUGAGAGAAAAUGGCAAAGGUGAAGAAGUGUGAGGUGCCAUGAACAGUGAUUGAACUGCAGUAAUAAGUAAGGUAAGCACAACAUAAAUUGGAGUUGAUGAUCUUUAAGAACUAGCCAUAAGAUUUUUUUCUUCUUUGUUUUUCGCCCAGAGCAAAACAAUCGGUGAAGAAGCUUUAAUUUGAAUUUGAUAUUAUGGAGUGAUUCAUAUUCUUCUGUAUAUUAAUUAAUGCACACAGCUGCUUAUAAACCAUUUACAGUCAUCUCAAUCAAUAUAUAUGUUCAUUUUCUAUCCCAA